CAGGGGCCUCGGGCAACAGGCGGCAACCUACCACUGGGCAGGGACCUCGGGGAUUCAACAGGACUCUAGCUGGUCAUUGGGUUCACGGGGACUCAACGGUAGCGAUGGCUCAAGCACUCAGGGGCACCACAGGUAGCUAUACUCCGGGCAUGCCAUCAGGACACGGGUGGUCAGUGCACACAACAGGAACAGUUCAGGACACGGGUGGUCAGUGCACACAGCGGGGACAGUUUAGGACAGGAAUGGUCGGUGCACACAGAGGGGACAGUUCAGAACACGGUGGUCAGUGGUUGGUCUGUGCACACAGCGAGGGGACAGUUCAGGGCACACAGCGGGCACGGUUCAGGGCACAGGUGGUCAGUGCGCACAACAGGGACGGUUAAGGACACGGUGGUCGGUGCACACAGCAGGGGACAGUUCAGAACACGGGUGGUCGGUUCACACAGCGGGGACAGUUCAGAACACAGGUGGUCAGUGCACACAACAGGCACAGUUCAGGACACAGUGGUCUGUGCACACAGCGAGGACAGUUCAGAA